GAGAAAUGACAAGAAGAUAUUGGAACAUAAAUUUGGAAGAGAUGAUGGAGGCAGGAGUUCAUUUUGGUCAUGGUACUAGGAAAUGGAAUCCUAAAAUGGCGCCUUAUAUCUCUGCAAAGCGUAAGGGUAUUCAUAUUACAAAUCUUACUAGAACUGCUGGUUUUUUAUCAGAAGCUUGUGAUUUAGUUUUUGACGCAGCAAGUAGGGGAAAACAAUUCUUAAUUGUUGGUACCAAAAAUAAAGCAGAUGAUUCAGUAGAGUGGGCUGCAAUAAGGGCCCGGUGUCAUUAUGUUAAUAAAAAAUGGUUUGACGGUAUGUUAACGAAUUGGUCCACUACAGAAACAAGACUUCAUAAGUUCAGGGACUUGAGAAUGGAACAAAAAACAGGGAGACUCAACCGUCUCCCGAAAAGAGAUGCAGCUAUGUUUAAAAGACAAUUAUCUCACUAGCAAACAUAUCUGGGCGGGAUUAAAUAUAUGACAGGGGUACCCAAUAUUGUAAUCAUC